AUGGACCAUGACGAGACAGGCUGCCAAGCUCCGCCAGACCAUCCCAUACUGUGCGUCAACAACUGCGGCUUUUUCGGAAGCGCUGCAACAAUGAACAUGUGCUCGAAGUGCCACAAGGAUAUCCUGCUAAAAGAGGAGCAAUCCAAGCUUGCUGCAUCAUCAGCAGCGAGUAUCAUGAACGGAACAUCAAUCACCACCCUUGGAAAGGAACCUGUUGUUGCUCCUGCUCCUGCCCCGAUCAUCAAUGUACAAGUCAGUUUGCAAGAGCCAACACCCAUCUCGGUGCAGCCAUCUUCUGCUCCAGGUGUGGCAGAGAGCAACGAAGAGAAACCAAAGGAGGUGGGGCCCAACAGAUGCAACACCUGCAACACACAAUCGCGAAACAACCCGGGGACUAGCAGGCGUCAUCUCCCCAAGCUAUAG